UCACCGUUCACACAAAAAAGUUGGAUAUCGAAACGAGCAGCGCCCAAAACAAACUGCGAAACGAUGAAGACCUUGUACUUUGCAAUCAUUCUAAUGGGACGCUGCAUGUCUCUGAUCAGUGCUGGAUCAUACCACUACAACAAUCAUUUAGUGCCAGCAGGACCUCCGCCGCCACCACCGCCACCACCACAAUACCUUCCAAACUAUGAUGUGCUACCAACUGAGGAGUACGUCCAGCCAGUCAAGUAUCACUCCUGGGGCCACGGACCGGCAUGGACACCGAUCACCAGCUUCCCCUGGCCCGGUCCGGAGCACGAACCGCACUAUCCUCCGCAUUACCAUGCCGGCUCGGCUACACCGUGUCCGCACAAGAUGAAGAAGUACACCACGACACCGAAAACAACCACCACCACGACGACCACAACCACGCAUCGUCCGGUGGAAACGAAGAAGCCGCAUCUGCUGCUGGAGAAGCUGGCAGUCACUCAUCAUAAGACGAAAUAAUGAUGAAUGUAUCUGUAAACUGCACCUGGGACGAACAAUAAAACAAUU